AACAUUCUUUCCUCUUUCACUGCACGGACACAUUAGAAGUUAACCUUGGAUGAUCUGCUCAUAAUCAUUUGACAGAUGGGUGUUGUUCUGACGGUUUUUGCUUUGUUCAUCGCUCUGAUGCAAGGUGUCUUUUGUAAAACCUGGAAUGCGAUGGUGCCCAAAAGCAUUGUGGGCAUCAGUGGGUCUUGUGUCACAGUCCCAUGUGGUUUUGAGGUCCCAGACGAGAUGGAAAAAGGUGUCCUCAACUGCUCAGAUAAAGGUGUUUGGAGGAGACAAACUCUUAGUGGUCCUAUCGUCUUCACUGACACCCCUAUUCCUUCCACUAAGAACAUACAAGGGAAAAUAUUCGGGGACUUAACGAAAAAGAACUGCACCACGAGCUUCCACAACUUCCCGGAGAACUACAGCGAUGUUUACUUCUUUAGGCUGGAAUGUUCGGAAAUCUUUAGGUACACUUUCCCUAAUGGAGUCAACAUCAACAUUCGCCAAGACCCGUCUCCCCCCCUGCUGACCUCGGAGAGUCAGGUGUCAGAGGGAGCCCAGGUGAGGGUGCAGUGUUCAGUCCCAAUGCCCUGCUCCACCCUGCCCCCCUCCCUCAUCUGGCUCCCCCGAGACAACUCCAGGCAGGAGGAGAAAGAAAUUCAGCAGAACAUGGAUGGACAGAUGAUCCUGACGUCCACGCUGACCUUCACCGCCUCAGUCGAGCAUCACAACCAGAACAUCACCUGCUCUGUCUCCUACCCGCUGACAAAAGGGGGCAGCAGCAAGCCGUCUGCAACAUCUCAGAGACUCGCCGUCCUGUAUGCUCCGAGAUUCACCAUGGCGACACUCAGCCCAUCUGGUCCCGUUUCUGAGGGACGCAUUGUGACAUUUUCAUGUUCGAGUGACGCCAACCCCCCUGUGAGCAUGUACACCUGGUACAGAACCGACUCGGGAAAGCUGACUAAGAAAGGUGAAGGAGAUACCCUGAUCCUAAAGGUCAAUCAGGAGGACAGCGGAGUGUAUCUGUGUGAAGCUCAAACCGAGAGGGGCUCUGAGAGGUCCAGACCAAUGCCUCUGGAGGUCAACGCCGCUACAGGCAUCAGUGAUUCACUUCAGAUUCCCUACAUUAUAUGUGUGGCCCUGCUCGUCCUCUAUGUCGUCACUGUUGCUGUGACUAUGUACAAGUAUCAAAAUCUUUCCAAGAGGCUGAAGCAGAUUGAGUUGAAGGGGGAACACACCUACACUGAUCUGAGGAUGUGCAAUGUUAGCUCUGACUACGACCAACUCCAG